AUGGUCGCCGCGUGGGCGGUGGGCGGCGGCGGCCGGGGCUCGCGGCUGCCGCUGCUGCUGACGGCGCUGUGGGCGGCCGCCGUGGCGCUGGAGCUGGCCUACGUGCUGGUGCGCGGGCCGGGGCUGCCGGCUGCGGGGCCCCUGGCGCGGGCCCUGCACCUGCUGCUGGCCGCCUUCCAGCUGCUCAACGUGCUGGGCAACGCCGCCCUCUUCGUGCUGCGGGACCCGGGCAUCGGCGGCGUGCUGCUGGCGGGCCGGGCGCUGGGCCGCGGCUGGGACUACUGCUACCAGUGCCAGAGCCAGGUCCCACCGCGCAGCGGGCACUGCCCUGCCUGCAGGGUCUGUAUCCUUCGACGGGACCACCACUGUCUGCUGCUGGGGCGCUGUGUUGGCUUCAGCAACUACCGGCCCUUCCUGUGCCUGCUUUUUCAUGGAGCCGGCAUCCUGCUGCACAUCACGGCCCUUCUGGGCCCAGCCCUGGGCGCCCUGCUGCGGGCCCACUCUCAGCUGCACGCAGUGGCUCUGCUGCUGCUGCCCUGGCUCAUGCUGCUCACUGGUGGCGUGUCCCUGGCCCAGUUUGCCCUAGCCUUCAUAGCAGACACGUGUGUGGCCGGAGCCCUGCUCUGUGGGGCGGGGCUGCUUUUCCAUGGGAUGUUGCUGCUUCGAGGCCAGACCACCCGGGAGUGGGCCCAUGGCCAGCGCCUUUAUGACUUGGGCCCCUGGAGGAACAUGCAGGCCGCUCUGGGUUCCCGCUGGGCCCUUGUGUGGUUCUGGCCCUUCCUGUCAUCCCCACUGCCUGGGGAUGGGAUCACUUUCCAAACCCCAGGCUGAGGAGGGGCACUGGAGGGGAGCACGGACUGACAGAGCCCCCCGGGCUGAGGAGCAUUGAAGGCUGCAGCCAGGCACCCCCCUUGCCUGAGCUCUCCAGGUUUGGGAUCAAAUUCUCCAGUGCCCCCCUCCCCAACCAGCAGGUCCCCACCGUCCCCUGUCCCUGCCUGGCCCUUGUCUUCCUUGGCACCCCCCAUCCCCCAAGGCAUGAUGAGGGUGGGGCUGUUGGGCCCAGCCGGGCCUGCUCCAUUUCCUGCCACAAUAAAGUCUUGAUGUGA